UAGAUAGAUCUAUUCAAUUUCAAUUUUAACAGUAACUAAUAAGAUAUACUCAUUUUUUUCCCCCCUUUUCGUGAAGGAAGGAUGUUGAAAUUAUUGACUACAUAAUAGUAAGUUAAAAAAAAAUGUUAGUCAGGUAUACUUUUUCCGAACGGCGGGAUGACACGCAAUUGAUUUGAGAAAUAGUUGUCAAUACUGGAUACUGGAAUCCCCUUCUUAAAUAGCAUCACCAUCGGGUCUUGUCUUCGAUAUUCAGAGAACUUUUAAAUUUGUGUGUCUUACCAACUAACCAAUCUUUAAUAGGAUGGCUUCCACUUCCAGGCUGCUGCUUCAUGGUUCAUUGCCUCCUCCCACUAAAUCCAUUUCCAAAACCAAUUCUGGUUCACAUGCAGUGAGAGCUUUAUGGCAUAAUAAUGGGAAAUAUCCAAAAGAAAAAACUUGCAUUGAGACGCCAUUAUUAUUGCAGCAUAAUCAGAAGCAUCAUUAUACAUGUGAUCAAACCAAGAGAAAACACUUUGUGAAUGCAACUCAUGCACAAUCGAAGAAUGAACCUGAAUCGCAAGCUGAUUCUGCAAAACCCAUUUGGAAUUCUAUCAAAGAUGUUAUGCAUACUAUCCAAAAGUUUAGCGUAUUCUAUGCGUUAAUUGGCCUGUUAUCGGGCAUACUUUUUUCAUCACUCCUUGCAGUGGAAAAAUUAUCAGAUUUAUCUCCAACAUUUUUUAUUUCCAUGUUACAGUUGGCCGAUAUUGAAAUAGACAAGAUUAAUAAGCCAUACCGUCCUUUGGCAUCAUCGAAGAUUUCUUUUGGAGGUGGACUCGCUAUUGUUGCAGCAUCUUUAUUUAUGAGCUUUGGACUUGCGCUGAUGAUAGGAUCAAAGCCUUUGCUUUGGGGUCUCAUAUUAAUUUUUAUACUGAUGACUGCUUAUUCAGUGAACUUACCCUUUUUAAGAUGGAAGAAAUCUACAACUCUUACAUUACUGUCUGGCGUACCAACUAUUCUGACUGCAUAUAAUUUGGCACCAUAUCUUCACAUGAAGACCUUUGUGCUGAAGAAGCCAUUCAUAUUUACAAGAUCACUAGCUUUUACCACUGUGGUCAUGACCUUCUUCUAUGUAGUUAUAUCAUUGUUCAAGGACAUACCCGACAUUGAAGGAGAUAAAAAAGAAGGUCUUCAAACUUUGUCUAUACGCUUGGGUCCUAAACGAGUAUUUUGGUUGUGUAUUUCACUUCUUGAGAUGACUUAUGGAAUUGGCAUUAUAUUGGGAUUAACAUCUCCAUUCCUAUGGAGCAAAAUCUUCACGGUUAUGGCACAUGCCAUCAAUGCUUGGAUUUUGUGGUUUCGUGCUAAUUCUGUAGAUUUAAAGAGCAAAGAAGAUUUCCAAUCCUUUUAUCAGCUCCUUUACUUGGAGAAUGUCCUUGUGCUUUUUGUGAGAUAAAGAAGCAAUAAAUUAUUGAUUUAACAAAGAGUGCAACCUUCGCCAUAUAUAUCUGAUUGUUUUGGUCUACCAAUAAAAUAGGAUUAAGAUUCUCUAAGGUAAGAGAAAGGUGAUAAAGUGAAUAUAAAUGGAGAGUUGUAUAUGAUAGUAGAGCGAAAAUCUUGUUGACAAAUAAUUAUGAAAGUGAAAUAAAUGUAAGUAUGUAAUCUGUUGAAAAAGUCGCCAAUGAAUUUAAAUGACAUCAUCUUUUCAUACUCA